UCUGUAUCAUGUGUUUGGUCAAUGAUUGGCGGCCGAGAUGGUUAGCGUUUUCGAGACGUCGGAACACUAAUGUUUGGAAAGACAACAAAUCAGAAGCAUGGCUGAUUCCAUUCACCGUCUUGAAGGGCUUUCUAAUCAGGUUGGCGGGUUGAUUGUCAAGAAGAAGAAAUCAGACUCUGAUCAGGACUUCAAAGCCCCACCUACCAGAUCCUCAGUCCUGGGCCUAGAUGUUCUUGCUGCAGAGAAGCGCAAACUGAAGGAGGUGUCAGAAAAAGAGGUAGAGGAGGAGAAGAGUAAGAAGUCAAAAGUCACAUCUUACAAGGAUGAGUGGGAGAGAAAGGAUUCAGAUUCCGAUGAUAGUGACAGCAGUGAUUCAGAUGAGGAAGAUAGAACAUCACAGAAGAAGAAGUCUUCUCAGGAAAGGCACUAUCGAGCUGCUCAUACAGAGACGCCAACUCACACUGGAGGUGUGAGCUCAGAGGCUAAGGAGAGACAGCUACGAAGGGAGAAGGAUGGUAGGAAAGGAGGUGUCUACGCUUCAUCUAAUGAUGAUAAUAGGAAAGGAAGGGGAAGAGAAUGGUAUGAAAGAGAGAAGUACAGGGAUAGAGACAGAGAUAGAGAUAGAGGAGGCAGACAUCGAGACAGAGACAGGGACAGGGAUAGACGAGACAGACAUCGUGAUCGACGUGAUGACCGCAGAGGUCAUGAUUCUGAGCGAGGGAGUCGCAGCCAGAGGAGCGACAGAAGCGACAGAAGUGAUAGAAGUGUUAGAAGCAACUGGGAGCGUACACCACGGGCUGAUGACGAACCCUUUACUCCAAGAAUUUCAAGAGGUAUCGACACACCAUCCCGUGCAAGCUGGGAGGAGGAGGAUGAUGUUCCAAAGAAGGCACCCUCUCAAUGGGACCAGCCGACGCCCAAUACAUUAAGGAGACAGAAUGAUUUCAGUGAGAGGAGUGAUAGGAGCGAGAGAAGAGAUAGGAGUGAUCGUAGUGAUCGGAGUGAGCGUAGUGAUAGGAAGGACACUUCUACCAGGAAGGAUGGAGACAGGUCACGUAAUAGAAGAAAGGAAGAUGACACGCCUGUAAUGACCCCAGCUCACAAGUAUAACUCAUGGGCUAACAAUCGCAAGAAGAGUGGUGCUACGCCACAGGUCAAAGGAGGAGACACAGUGACAAGGGUCAGGUCGGAAGAAGAUCAGGAAUUAUGGGAAGAAGAGCAGAAGAGGCUAGACCGUCAGUGGUACGGAUCUGAUGAGGGUUACGAUGAAUCCAACAACCCAUUUGCUGCCGUACCUGCCGAGUACGCAGCAAAGAAGGAGCGUGAUCUCGCUACCCAGAAGGCAAAGAGAAUGUCAGCUCAACAGAGACAGAUCAACAAGGACAAUGACAAGUGGGAGACCAAUCGGUUGCUGACCAGUGGAGUUGUCCAGCAGAUAGAGUAUGAGGAGGUGGUUGAUGAGGAAACGGUCAACAGGGUUCAUCUCUUAGUGCACAACAUUGUACCUCCUUUCCUGGAUGGAAGGAUAGUCUUCACCAAGCAGCCUGAACCUGUUAUACCUGUCAAGGAUAACACGUCAGACAUGGCUCAGAUAGCUCGGAAAGGCAGCAAUGUUGUGAAGAAACACAGAGAACAGAGGGAGAGAAAGAAAGCUCAACACAAACACUGGGAGUUGGCUGGUACUAAACUAGGAGAUAUCAUGGGAGUCAAGAAGGAAGAUGAAAAGGGAACAGAAGAAGAGAACAUUAACUACAAGUCCCAGCAGCAGUUUGCUGAUCACAUGAAAGAGAAAACGGAAGCAGCAAGUGCCUUUGCUAAGAUGAAGUCUCUACGGGAGCAGCGUGAAUACCUACCUGUGUUUGCCGCUCGUCAGGUGUUGCUCAACGUGAUCAGAGAUAACAGCGUAGUGAUUAUCGUCGGGGAGACAGGGUCUGGUAAAACCACUCAACUCACUCAGUAUCUCCAUGAGGAUGGUUACAGCAAGUUUGGUAUGAUUGGUUGCACUCAGCCUAGACGUGUAGCAGCCAUGUCAGUCGCUAAGAGAGUCAGCGAAGAGAUGGACGUUCCUCUAGGGGAUGAAGUAGGCUAUGCCAUCAGGUUUGAGGAUGUCACCAGUGAUAAAACAUUGAUCAAGUACAUGACUGAUGGUAUUCUACUGCGAGAGUCGCUACGCGAGUCUGAUCUAGAUCACUACAGUGCAGUCAUAAUGGAUGAAGCUCACGAAAGAUCACUCAAUACUGAUGUUCUCUUUGGUCUACUAAGAGAGGUUGUUGCUCGACGGACAGAUAUGAAGCUCAUCGUCACCUCAGCAACCAUGGAUGCAGAAAAGUUUGCCAAAUUCUUUGGAAAUGUUCCAGUCUUUGAGAUCCCUGGCAGGACAUUCCCUGUGGAUACCAUGUUCAGUAAGAAUGUUGUAGAAGACUAUGUGGAUGCAGCGGUCAAGCGGUCCAUUCAGAUCCAUCUACAACCCCCUCCUGGGGAUAUCUUGGUCUUCAUGCCUGGACAAGAGGACAUCGAGGUCACCUGUGACCUGAUUUCAGAGCGUCUAGGAGAGCUAGACAACGCCCCUCAGCUUGCCAUCUUACCCAUCUACUCUCAGCUCCCGUCAGACCUUCAAGCUAAGAUCUUCCAGAAGGCACCGGAUGGAGUCAGAAAGUGUGUGGUGGCUACCAAUAUUGCUGAAACUUCACUCACAGUUGACGGCAUCAUGUUUGUAGUGGAUGCUGGGUACUGUAAGCUGAAGGUGUACAACCCUCGUAUAGGUAUGGAUGCUCUGCAGGUGUACCCCAUCAGUCAGGCGAACGCUAGGCAGAGAUCAGGUAGAGCUGGUAGGACAGGGCCAGGGCAGUGUUAUAGACUGUACACAGAGAGUGCGUAUAAGAACGAAUUACUGAUGACAACAGUGCCCGAGAUCCAAAGAACAAACCUUGCCAAUGUGGUGCUCCUUCUCAAAUCAUUAGGAGUCGAUGAUCUUCUGCUCUUCCACUUCAUGGACCCACCCCCUCAGGACAACAUGUUGAACUCCAUGUACCAGCUAUGGAUCUUAGGAGCUUUAGAUAACACUGGUCAACUGACUCCCAUCGGUAGACGGAUGGUAGAGUUUCCUCUAGAUCCUGCACUCUCUAAGUUUCUCAUAGUAGCAUGUGAGAUGGGAUGCAGCUCAGAAGCCCUGAUCAUUGUGUCGAUGUUGUCUGUUCCAUCCAUCUUCUACCGACCCAAGGGUAGAGAGGAAGACAGUGAUCAGGCCAGGGAAAAGUUCUCAGUCCCUGAGAGUGAUCAUCUGACCUUUCUCAAUGUCUACCAGCAGUGGAAAAACAACCACUACUCUUCGAGCUGGUCCUCUGAGCAUUUCAUCCAUGUGAAGGCAAUGCGUAAGGUGCGUGAGGUGAGGCAGCAGCUCAAAGACAUCAUGGAUCAACAAGGGAUGGAGCUGGUCUCAAGCGGGACCAGCUGGGAUCUGAUCAGGAAAUGCAUCUGUUCUGCUUUCUUCCACCAUGCUGCCAAGCUUAAGGGCAUAGGAGAGUAUGUGAACGUGAGGACUGGUAUGCCAUGUCAUCUGCAUCCGACUAGCGCCCUCUUUGGUAUGGGGUUCACACCAGAGUAUAUCAUCUACCAUGAGCUGGUCAUGACCUCAAAGGAAUACAUGCAGUGUGUGACAGCAGUGGAGGGGGAGUGGUUGGCUGAGCUGGGACCUAUGUUCUACAGCAUCAAGGAAAAAGGCAAAACAAGACAGCAAGGACGUCAGGCAGCCAAGGCAGACUUACCCAACAUGGAGGAAGAGAUGGCCCUAGCAACAGAAGAACUUAGGGCAAGGAAAGAAGACAAACUUCUUGAGAGAAUUAAAUCAUCUAGAAGUAUGAAAAUUGCAACACCCGGAAGGAAAGAAGAAUCUACCUCUUCAACACCGAGGAGGAAAACCCCUUCAUCAUUUGGAUUAUGAUCUUUCAGGAUUACUUAAGUGUAUAGUAAGAAUUUCUUGAAUGUAGAUCAGUGUUGGUUCAAGUCACAUGGGUUUCAAAAUAAACAGUUAAAUCUUCUAUCAUGUUCACAUUUUCUUACUUGUGCGAGGAUAGUUCCUAGCUCUCCAACAGUUUUGGAUACUUCUAAUACUGUUUUCACACUGGCAAUAUU